AUGAUCGCAACUGUCGGGCUCGUCAACGGAGAACCAGUCAGAGGUCACGGCGAGACCGACUCUGCCACCACCUCGCUCGCCGAGCUCGAGUCCUACUCUGAGACCGCCUCGCUUUUGCCGAUGCUGACCAGCUUCGAGGAGAUCGACGGCAUCGAGAACCUCGAGGUUCCCGAGAACGGCAAGCUCACCUGCGAGACGACGCUCGCCUCCCCGACGUUUUUCGAGAUCGGCCAAGCGAUUGCAAGGGUCUCCAAUGUGGCAAGGGCCACGUGCCAGCAGAAGAACGCUGGGGGGUCCAAGUGUUCGACGCUAGGCAAGUACAAGGGCGGUCAGGUCGGGAUCUGCGGCCGCCACCUGCUCGACAUGAGCUGCAAGUGGAUCCACUGGGCGGCCUCGAAGAUUCGCUUCGAGUGCGGCAACGAGCAGCUUGGACGCGCCGGUGAAAAGUCUAAGUUUCCGGACGGGGAGCGGGAGUGA